AUGGGAUUAUUUAAAAGCCAUCCAAGUACUGCAGUGACAGAAAUUAUCAAUGGUUGUUGUUCAAGGGGAGAAAUAGAUGACGAUUUCCUCUUGGAAUCACAACUCUCAUCUUUAAUCGAUGCUAUAAAGUCUCAGAAGGACUUUGUUGAGCCGGGUGCAGUGGAAGCAGCCCGUGCCUUAAGGAAAAAGAUGAAGUAUGGUGAUGUCAAGGAACAAAUCAUUGCCUUGAAAUUGUUGGACUUACUUGUUAUAAAUGGAGUCCGGGCAAAAUUUAUGCAGCCUCUCUUUAAUGAUGAGAAGUUACUGGACAGGUUGGAGUUUUAUGUCAAUGAUAAGCAGAAUUUUUCGAGCGGUACUACUGCAUCUUAUGGUAGAGCUGGGGAGCCGAAUUUCCAAAUCAAACAUAGAGCCGUUUGUAAACUGGCUAAAAACCUGAUGGCUCAGUGGUACGAUGAAUUCAAUGACUUUGAGAGUAUGCGUAACUUCAACCAGAUAUUUGAACGCAAUAUCAAAAAAAAGUCACUUGCUUACAAUGACUUUGAGGAAGGUACGACAUCGUAUAGAAGUAGAAUCAACGAUGAAGUUCCUGACUAUAUGAACGAUGAGGCAGACAUGGAUUUCGAGUUUGAUACUUUUGAGUCCAAUAAACCAAAAACUAAUGCAGAACUUGACAGAAAAUUUAAAAUUCCAAAGAUAAACUACGAGAAAGAAGCACCAAAGAUUUUACAACUUAUUGCAGAAGCUAAUAUCAUGGCUACAAAUCUCAUGAAUAUCUUGAAUUCUCUUGAAAAAGACGAAUUGUCGAUUCACUCAAUAAGGGCAAAUGACGCCUUUGAUCAGUGUCGUUCUAUUAGGCGUAAAGUUUUAAGAUAUCUACAAUUAGUUCAAAAAGAAGAAUUGUUAGGGCCAUUACUCAAAUGCAAUGACGAUUUAGUUGCAUCGCUUCAGAAAUAUGAGGCAAAGAGUAUUCCCGGAGGAGCAAAAGUCCAACAAUCGGAAGACGAUGAUGACGAUUAUGAUUCCUUGGCGGAUUAUGAAUCCGAUAAUGAGCCCUCCGACAGGUAUGUGAGGGAAGAGCCACCAUCGGUAACCCAUUCUGAAAGUACGUCCUCCACUUCCACUUUCACUAAAAGGGCACCGCCUCCUGUCCCCAGAAAGAGUAAUAACCUUAGAUCUUCUUAUCAAGACCCACAGGAGCAAAUACAUGCAAGACCCAAACUCAGUGACUUUGAUCCGUUCAGUGACGAUAAUGAAGUUGCACCUUCUCCGGCAUGGUGA